AUGUUUGAACGGGCAAAGGAAUCGUUGCCGGGGGGGAACACCCGCACUGGCGCGUAUAUGCGUCCCUUUCCGAUCUAUGUAGAGCGCGGCGAAGGCGUCUAUUUCUACGACUUAGAUGGUCAUCGCUUAUUGGACUUUGUCAACAACAACACAGCUUUGAUUCUGGGGCACGCUCACCCUGCGAUUGUCGAAGCACUUCAGGACCGUGUGGCUAAAGGGACAGCUUUUUCUCGACCAACACCCCUUGAAGUCGAAAUGGCGGAGCUGCUACGGGAACGGGUGCCAUCUUUGGAACGACUUCGCUUCUGUAGCUCUGGAACUGAGGCGGUGUUGAACGCAUUGAGAGUCGCUAGGGCUUUCACUGGCAGACGUAAAAUUGCCAGAUUUGAAGGGGCAUAUCACGGUGUGGGUGAAUACGCGCUAGUUAACUUGGGUCCCGCUAAUCGCCCUCGGUCAGUUCCUUCGACAGCAGGACUCUCGCCAGCAGUCCUCGAAGAGGUGUUGGUGCUGCCAUUCAACGACGCAGAUGCCUGUGCAGAAAUCAUCAACGAAAAUGCUGAUGAUUUGGCAGCUGUAAUCGUAGAUCCGCUGGCAACGGGUGCGGGUACGUGUCUCCCGGUAGAGGGUUUCCUGUCCCGUCUGAGAGAACUUACAACGCAGAUAGGUGCGCUGCUGAUUUUUGAUGAGAUCAUCAGUUUCAGGGCUUCCCCUGGUGGUGCACAGGAACUUUACGGCGUGAGACCUGAUUUGACGUGCAUGGCAAAAGUUAUUGCAGGUGGAACUGCGGGGGCUGUCUUCGGUGGACGCGCUGAUGUGAUGGGGACUGUAUGA